AAGAAGAAGAAAAAGUUUCUUUAGGCGUUUCCUCCCGUGACGCUUUCGUUUUCAUGAUCAUUUAUGAUAUAAUGACAGAUUUGUCUAAUUUUAAUACAUGAUGGACAGUACCUGUGUUUUGAUGUCAAUACUUAUGAUUGUCGCAGAUGGGUUUAUUGUGCGCGGUCCCUCUGGUCCUCUGUUUGCUCGUCUGGGAUCUUCAGUGGUUUUGCCCUGUUAUGUUGAUGAACUCUUACUAAUGGAGGAUCUGGUGGUGGAAUGGAGAAGAACAGACUCAGAGACUCUGGUUCAUCUGUUUCUGUAUGGUGAGAGUCGACCAGAGUUCCAGGAGCAGGAUUAUCAUGAUAGAGCUCAUUUCUUUACUGAUCAGAUUCAACAUGGAAACUUCUCUCUCCGUCUGGACAAUCUGAGAGCUGAAGAUGAAGGAGAAUAUAUAUGUAACGUUAGAGCUUACAGGUGGUUUGAUUCUGGAGAGACUGUGGUUCAAAUAAAACUUGGGCAUUUGCUAGUAUCAGGCUCAGAUAAAUCCAUAUCUGCGUUUGUGGGUGAGGACGUCACUCUGAACUGCUCUAUAGACUCUCACAUCAAACCUGAACACAUUGAAGAGGUUUCAUGGAUAAGAACAGAUGGAGAUAUUCUGGUUCUGCUCUUCCAAAACAUUAAGACUUUACCAGAUUCAUCAGAUGAGCGAUACAGAGACAGAGUUGAGCUCUUCACUGCUGAAAUCCCCAAAGGAAACUUCUCUCUCAGACUGAAGAGUGUCAGAACUGAAGAUAAAGGAGUUUACAUGUGUCAAGUGUUUGCUGGAGGACUUUCAGCCAAUGUUACUGUAGAACUGGGAGUUGGUUUCUCUUCUUGGCACAUUGCUGUGUUAUUUUUCUGUUCUGCUGCUGGAUCUGGAGCUGUGCUUCUGCUCUGCUCUCUGAUAUACUACAGAUCAAAAAACACUGUCACCAGCAGCAUAAUCAUGAAUCUUCAGGUUUAUCUGGUCUUUUGUCCAAACAUCUGUCUGUUCUUUGCCUUCAUGCUUUGGGGCUUUACUGAAGGAUCUCUGCAUGAGACGGUCACCUGCUGUGCUCUUUGUAUUCUGAGGCCAGUUAUGUUUAUGUGGGCUUUGCGCUAUUUGAAGUAUCUUAAAGACAAUUAUAAAUCAUGGAUAAGGGUUUUCAGAAUAACACAUGAACUUACUGUUCUUACAGUCAUCGUUUAUUCAGUUCUUUUUGCAUAUGGCUGGAGAAUCAGUGCACAUGAUACAGACAAUGGACGCCAUAUAGUCUCAGGAAUAGGAUUUGGAGUUGUUGUGCUGUCCUGUCUCUUCCUGAGUGCAGUGAUGAGACGUUCCAGUGUCAUGAAAAUAGAAAUGGAGGAUAAAAUCAUGUGGCUAUCUACACUUUGUAUAUUGAUGUCUUUUUCCCAAUUGCUCCAGUUGAUGUUCUCAUUUGGACUUCCCUCUCCAGUGGUUUUUAUUGUGGUAUUGGUUCAAUCACUGAUGCUGUCCUGUAUACCACUUUUAACUCUUCUGCAAGCAAGAUUUGAAUGUCUUCAACACAGAUGGAUAACAAUAUUGUGGAUAAUAAUAAUAACACCCCUGUAUAUCAUCCUACUGAUAUAUAACCAUCUAACCAUAUUAGAAAAGGAGAAAGAUUACUUGAAAUGGAUCUGUGUCAUUUUGUUUCUUGAAGUUCUGAAGAUAACAGUGAUUGCUGAGAACUGUUGGUUGAAACAUAUGUUGAAAGAUUUGAGAAAUGCUGAGAUUUUAACAGAGGAAGAACAUUCAAGAGUUCAGAGACGACGAGAGACUGAGACGAGUCAACAAGGAUCAAAUACAUUGUCUCUCUGUAAUGAAAUCAUGUUCAUGUUUGGAGCAGUUGGUCUUGUUUUGUUGAACUCUGUUACACUGACAGCAGAACUGAUCCUGAAAGCACGGAAUGGUGAGCGUGUCAUGAAGGAUAUGAGAUUCAUUGUCUUCCCUUCUGAAAGUGUUUUUGUCUUGUGUUGGCUGGUUUUACAAAUGAAUGCUUACUGGAGGAUUGGUAUAACUGGAUCUACACACAAUCAAAGGAGCUCACAUCAAAGACGUCAACUCAUGAAUACACCAGAGACUCAUGAAAUGGAGAAUCUGUCUGCAGCUGAUCCUGAUAUUUCACAGACACAGACAUGAUAAACGGUCUUUAACGUUUAUCCUGUACUCGGACUGCUCUGUCUGUCUGCAAAAGUGUUCCUCUCGAGUAAAAACCAACAAACAGAGACUGAAAACUAGAUCGUAAAGCAGAGAGUCUAGUGACAUUCUGUUACAAAUAACUUGAUAAUUUUGUAUUGGUUGCCAAAAUGUAUUGGUGGGGAAGUCAUGGCCUAAUGGUCAGAGAGUCCGACUCGCAAUCCAAAGAUUGGGCCGGCAAUGAUUGUAGGUGGGGGGAGUGAAUGUACAGUGCUCUCUCCACCUGAUACUACGCUACGCUAAUACCACGACUAAGGUGCCCUUGAGCAAAGCACUGAACCCCCAACUGCUCCCUGGGUGCCACAGCAUAAAUGCUGCCCACUGCUCCGGGUGUGUGUUCACAGUGUGUGUGUGUUCACUGCUGUGUGCGCACUUUGGAUUAGUGAUGGGAAGUUCGGAUCACUUUACUGACUCUGACUUUUGAGUCUCGUUCAGCAAAAUUAACUAAUCUUUUUUCUAGUUAUUUCGUUCAUUUUAAGCAAAAUGUAAUUAAAAAGUUACGUGUUACUUCCCUAACACAUCUUCUACUUACGCAAACGUAGAUCACACUACAAACAAUAUAAAACCAAAAUGCUAUAAUAGCUUUAAUUCAUUCUAUACCUGGGUCUUCAGUCUGUGAUUAGCUCACCUCACCCCUUUUUUUUUUGCCCCGUUCCUUAAUCACGUGACGGCCCCAUACGUUAAACCAAUGCAUUAUGAGCUGGAAAGAGAAUUGAUUAGUUCAUCUUUUGGGUUUUUGAGUCGUUCCUUAAUCACGUGACAGCCCCAUACGCUAAACCAAUGCAAAAAACCUGAAAGAUGAACUAAUCAAUUCUUUGUCCAGCUCAGACCACAUUCAGUGUUAUGGAAAAGUACCAUAAUGACAGAAAUUAAAAGCAACAAUUUGAAACCAGAAAUGCAUCACGUAACUGUAAGAGUAAAUAAUUAUUAUUAUGCACCCAUUUAUAAGGAAGGUUGUAAAUUAACUAAUUACUCUAGCCAAUAUUGUCACGUCACGUGACAAAAGAACGGACAACCUGAAAACGGACCCGAAAGAUGAACUAAUCAAUUCUCUUUCCGGCUCAAGACUGCAUUGACUGACACAGGUGAACUACUUCUAGCAGAACAGAACCUAUAGAAUAUUGUGCAUGCGCGACUGAACGAAUCAUCCCCGAGACGACUCGUUCUUCCCGAGUUACAUUAAAGAUUCACUCAAAAUGAAGAAUCAAGAAUGACGCAUCACUACUUUGGAUGGGUUAAAUGCAGAGCACUAAUUCUGAGUAUGGGCCACCAUACUUGGCUGUAUGUCACGUCACUUUCAAUUGUGUCCACUUUAUUUCAAAAGUAGAACAUGCUGUUUUAAAUCUCUUUUCCUUGCCUCUCUCCAAACAACAGGGCAAAAAACAUGUUUACAUUCAUAUAAAGUUUGUAUUGUAUUUAAUGUAAAUCAUAUUUAAUAAAUUUACCUGUAAUAUAAGGUU